GUACACAGACAGUGACGUAGACAACGUUAUCUGUAUUUAGUUCGGUUGAUGGACACACGUGCAAGUCAAUGAUGUCUUACUGAACUGGUGAGAAAAAUUAAACUCAGUGUUAUUGUAGAUGUCUUUUACCCAAAUGACAGAGUGAUGAAGGUGUGUCAUCCGUUUCUACUGUCAGUAGUGGACAGGUCUAGUACUACAGGUAUUUCUGAGCGAAGAGUGAUGUUGGCCCACACAGUGAAGAUGAAUCAAGGCGAACAAAUCCUGGCCAUGCUGGUGUUUUCUGUAUCAUCCAAGUGCUGAUUAACUCUCCUGGAGAUGCAUACUUUGCACAAACUUACCAGUCCACCAGCACACCUGAGAUGUGUUGUGAGAACAUGGUACCAAAUACUACAUCUAUGCUCACAAAGUGAAAGUACAUCACAAAGACUGUCCACUGACAAUGAACUAAGUAGAGGCAUGGGAUGUGAACCUACAACAAACCUGUCGAGUGGUGAGACAACAGAGAUCCCCAAUUCUGUGUCAAGGCAGCAACUAGUCAAGUACCUGCUAAAUCACGCUCCCUACCAAGAUGAUCAUAUCUUGGCAAUAAAUAAGCCUAAUGGAUUUCCUAUAUUAGUUCCAAAGCCCAACGUGUUUGGGUCAUCAGUCAUUUACCUGGAUAGUAAGGUUCAAGGAGGAGAAAUAGACAGUGAUAAAGUCAGCUACCAGAGGGAGCCACGAAAUCACCGUAGCAAGAAACACAAGUUCAUCCACCAACCUUAUGAAACCUCUCUCUCCCUCACUGAUGUACUCCCUGACAUACAAGAGCAUGUGAACUCUCCUGAAUUGGAGAUAGGAAUGACCCUUCCCAGGCUAUACAGUGGUAUUGUUGUAUUGACUAAAACAGAGCAUGGCAAGAUGAGACUUAAGAAGUACCUGGAGACAGUGCGCAGUCAGCGGUCUCUUUAUCAGUCUUUCAGCUGCCUAACUGUUGGAACACCAUCUACGCUAGACAAGGAAUCAGAGACAGUCAUGUGCAAAUUGGCUGAAAUUGAUGGUAGAACUUUGACAGUACCAACAGGUGAUGUAUCAAUAAACACUCUCAAGAAAGGCGAGGCUGUCAGAAUAGAGGUGUCUCUCCAGAGAGUGUGUGAGAAUAAACAAUUGGGAUGUGCCCUGUUGGCGGUCAAGCCCACAAGAGAUAAAUGGGAUGUGGUGGAGUGGUACUGCACCAGGAGGCUGUGCUGUGUUCUCGGGGACAACGUGUACUCUGCCCGUGUAGGAUCCAUCCUUGGGGUUCCUAGUCAUGUAGAACCACAUAUAGCUCUGCCACAGCCACAGGAAAUACCAGAGAAGAUACUGCAGAAGUUGCAUUUAAGAAAGGAGUAUGUGCCAUAUCUACCUUUACAUGUUCAUAGGGGAUGUGUUGAACUUACUGGGAUACCGCAUAGGAAAGCUGACCCCAUUUUUAUCAGAGCUCCAAUUCCAGAGUUCUUUAGUGACAGUCUCCGAUAUCUCAACCUUCACAUGGAGAAGAGAUGACAAAUACUGUUGUUCUGUGUGCAUACAAACUUCAUGUCACGUGACCAACUGUACUGGUAAUAGCAAAAUGGCUCCAGGGAACAUCAGUAACAUUUUGAUGGAAACCAUCUGUUCUGUUCAUGGUUUGAGGAAACUUUACAUUGCUUUCAGCAAAUGUUAAAGUGCAUGAAGUCCAGCUAACUGUAAAAUAAGAUGGAUGCGAUUGUCUAAAAUACUAGCAAAGCAUUGUGAUGAAUUCGUUAGGCCCAUAUAGUCUUGUAUGGCUUUCAAGUUC